GUUAUAAUAUAUCCAAUACAUUGUUAUACUAUCGACGACAUUAUGGCUGCUUCAUUCUCAAGCAUGCUCAUUAUUCCCUCUUCCAAAAUAAGCUACGAAGCUAGCUUGGGAGGAUUAAGCUUCCACAACUUCCUAACAGCAAAAUCACCACCUCUGAAGCGAAACCAAAAGUCAAUAAAAGUUGUUACACGCGAUAACCACUCACCCCUGGUCGACGACCUCAUGAUAGAAGUACAAGAACAUGAACAUGAACAUGCAACGCUGCAUCAGAAAGAUCUCUCAGAAAUGUGGCGCCAAAUCCACGGUGAGAAGAACUGGGAAGGGCUUCUAGAGCCCAUGGACCCUCUUUUGAGGUCGGAGGUGAUCCGCUACGGCGAGCUGGCGCAGGCCUGCCACGACGCCUUCGACUACGAGCCAUUCUCUAGGUACUGCGGCACAUGCAGGUUCGAGGAGGAGAAGUUCUUCUCCUCCCUGGGCAUGACCCAUCACGGAUACAAGGUGACGCGCUACAUCCACCUCACGGCCAACACCGACUUCCUCCUAAAGUGGUUGAUUCACUCAAAGUGGCCAACGGCGAUGGGGAGCAAGGUGAACUGGGGCGGAUAUGUGGCAGUUUCGAACGACGACACGAGUCGCUGCCUCGGGAGAAGAGACAUCGUGAUUGCAUGGCGGGGGACGACCACACACCUGGAAGGGGAGAAGGACCUCAGGUCUAGCCUCACACCUGUAUCAUCCAAGGGCAUCCCGUGCCACGAUGAUGGGGUUAAGGUCGACAAUGGGUUCUUAGAUAUGUACACGGGUAAAGAUGAGACAUCAGAAUACUGCCAGCACUCGGCGAGAGAUCACGUUCUAAGGGAGGUGAAGCGGUUGAUGGACAUGUAUAGUGAGGAGGAAGUGAGCAUUACGGUGACGGGGCAUAGUCUGGGGAGUGCUUUGGCGAUUUUGAGCGCUUAUGAUAUUGUCGAAAAGGGGUUGGACAGGGGUGUGCCGGUUUCGGUGAUGUCGUUUUCUGGUCCCGCGGUUGGGAACAAGUCUUUUCAUAAAAGGUUGAAGAAGCUUGGGAUAAAGGUGUUGAGGGUGAUCAACGCGAAUGAUUGGGUGCCCUGGUUUUCUCUUUGGUUGCCUCCUUUUCAAUACUACCAUGUUGGAGUGGAACUCAAGUUGGACAACAACAAAUCACCGUUUUUGAAACACGAUGUAGACUGUGCCCAUAACUUGGAGGUUCUUCUGCAUUUGCUCGACGGAUACCAUGGAGAGCGGGGGGAAUUCAUGCUAGCGAGUGAUAGGGAUCAUGCUCUGGUGAACAAGGGAGGUGAUUUCCUGAAAGAAAGUUACUUGGUUCCACCAAACUGGUGGCAAGAUGAAAACAAGGGCUUGAAGAGGAGCUCAGAUGGACGCUGGGUACAGCCUGAGCGAACAAUUGAGGUCGACGGUUACCCUUAAGAUAUGCAUGCAGCAUCACCUUCUCACCCAACUGGGUCUCCAUCUUUUUCAUUUGAUAUAUAUAUAUAUAUAUAUGAAUUAAUUAAUAUAUAUUAUUGGAGGAGGAGAAUGCAUGUGUGUUGCAGUUAUUAUAGUACUAUAUAUUGAUAUACAAGUGUGUAAGGAUUAUUAUUAUGCAUGUUUAUGGUAAGGGUUGCCGCCUUUAUGUUCUGUUUUUUGCGUAUACAUGCACGCUAGCUGCUUAUGCCUUGUUGGUAAUGGAUGUUAACGUUUAUUUAUAUCACCUUAUUAAUUAGGCAUAUGCCUUA